AUGACUCGCACCCACAAAGCCACAGACCGCGACCACGUUGGCCUAGCCAACGGAACCGCCGCUCCAGAAGAGCAUCUGCCCCGCUACUUUGGCAAAGCGGGCUACGAUGGCAACAACCCCAGCGGCACCAAGAAGCAAGGCGGUGGAAAAGCCAACUGGGGCCUCCCCAUCCACUCCGAACUCGAAGACCUCCCAAUCAACACCUUCCAACCCAAACGCCGCUCCAACUCCAAUCAAUUCACCACUCUCCCCUUAGCCCGUCGUCGCAGCUCCGUCUCCACUACUCUCGCUCCCGCGUCCUACUCGGCUCUCAAGACGAAAUUCGAAGCCGCGGAUCCUAAUGAGGUCGUGGAAUUCGACGAGUAUCUCCAUGGACCGGAUCUCGCUGAGUUGGAGAAGAUGAGCACUGGUAGCUCCGCGGGUACGCUUGAGGAAGAAGAGGAGGAAGAGGUGCAGCACCUGAAGGAAGUUAAGUAG